AUGGCAGCGGGUAAUGGGAUUGACGUGGCUCUUGCACCGAAUUCAAGCGUCAUUCUCGAGCCAGCAGAUUCGUUAUCAUUUCAAUUACAACCACAGACAACACCUCAGGCCGUGUUAAUCAUUCGUAAUGUAGCCGAUGAUCGACAAGUGGCAUUUAAGGUGAAAACAACCCGACCAUUACGAUAUCUAGUACGACCUAAUCAAGGACUCUUAGGUCCAAAUGGAUCGGCUUCUAUUAUGGUGAUCUUACAACAAAAGGAUUGUGAUGAAUUACUACGUUUAGAUCCAGUGGAACGUCAAUUAGCAAAUGAUAAAUUCCUGGUCCAGAGUAUUUACGUCCAAGAUCGUUUCUAUGAACUUGUCAAGACAAAAUCGACCAAGGAAAUGGCCGAUGAAUUGACAAAUAUGUGGGCAAGAACGGAUAAACGAGCGUUAUCGAAUAAGAAAUUACGAUGUCGAUUUGUACAGGAGAAUGAAGAGAUGAUGCAACGUCCCGUGUCACCAUCGUGGAGUCCUCAAGGAAAUACAAUGAUGGGUGAUAUAUCACCUGGAAAGAUAUCGAAUGGAUCGGAUGGUCGAUAUCAUACUCGACUCAGUGACGAAACGAAAGAGGAGAUGGCAACAACUGCACAAUUGUCAUUGGCAUUAUUGCAAGAUGAUCAUGGACGUGAAUCAAAAGUAUUGGAAAAUAGCAGAGAAGGAGGCAAAGAAGUGUUGCAGGAAGUGACAUUACGUAAGAAAUACGAUGAGUUGGUGGCAUUUACCGUACAACUUACGGCGCAACGUGAUGUGCUGAUAAGUGAAUUGGACAAGACGCGGCAAUUACUGCAAAAGGCGAGCACGGAUGCUCAGCGUGUAAUGAAACUUUCCGAGCAAUCGUCGACUUUGCGUCAUCGAAAGAACGGUGGGGUGAAUGAUGUGGCUGACAAUGAUGACUCGCAUGUGAUCAUGGAAAAAAGUUUAAAGGAGCAAGGGGCUUUCGGACCUUUGCAUCUCGUAGUAUGCGCGAUCAUUUUCUUUUUAGUUGGGCGCUACUACUAG